CAUUUAAAUUCAAUUGUAUUGGAUUUGGCUGCAACACUGUUUACCCCUGAAACUCCAGAAGGGUUUUGCGGACUCGAACACUUCACCCGCCCCUCCAUCGGCAUAGUGCUGGUGCUCAUGAACCGGAGCCAGGGGCCGCAGGAGGAGGGGACACCUCUCUCUCACAGGCGGGGCUCAAACGUGCCCUCUACCGGCCGCAGAGCGAGCGCGCAGCCGCCGCUCUCCUGGAGCAGCCGGACCAGUCAAUCCAGGCGCAAUUCAGGAAUCAGGACUCACUCACACAUUCCUCCUCCUGCAAGUGUGGAGCAAAGCCGGCGCAGAAGGAGCAGCAGCCGUGAUCGGCCACCGGGUCCUCUCACCUCCCCUCCUCCUCCGCAGAGGCACGGAGGACAGGGCGAACACUUGGAGACGGAGCAGCGAGAAAAGUGGCGUUAGAUUCAAGUUGCGGUCCAGAGAAGAAGAGUUGCCCGUUAACCCCGCUGCUGCUGGGGGUUAACGCCACGACGCCGCGGUCGACAUGGAUAAAGUUAUCAAUUGCUUGUUUGCUGCGUUGACCCUGCUGCUGUGCGCCCGAGGGGAAGUUUUUAAAGGCGAUUGUAACUUUGAGAAUCCGCUGGCAGCGUGCGGGUACAGCCAAGGCAGAGACGAUGACCUUGACUGGGAGCAGAGCAACACCAGAGAGAAACCUUCAUCAGAUCCAUGGCUGCCCUCAGGCUCGGCCUUUGUGAUGGUGAACACCUCCGGACGCUUCGCAGGACAGAAGGCCUUACUGCUGACUCCGCAGCUGAAAGAGAACGACACUCACUGCGUCAUUUUCAGCUUCUACAUCGGAGGUCGAGACAACAGCCACCCAGGCCACCUGAACGUCUACAUCAAGGAAAACAACAGUCCGAUGGGGAUGCCCGUCUGGAACGUGUCGGGUCCGGCGACCCGCUCCUGGGCACAAGUGGAGCUGGCCGUCAGUACCUACUGGCCCAACUUCUACCAGGACGAAGAGCCCGAACUUGGACGUGUCCACAUGGAGAUUUCCUGUUUCAAUCUGGAGGAGAACAUCGCACCCAUGGGCUACGUUCAGCACUCAUCAGAGGUUAGACUGCUGCAAACGCUGAGCGCGGUCAAGCCCGAGUGGUAA